AUGUCGCAAGAGGAGUAUACGGAGAAUCUAAAAGUGAUCGUCGCAGAGAAGCUGAGUACUUUGCAGGGCUUUACUGAGGAUAUCAAAUAUGUUGCUGAAUAUAUCGUAUUACUAAUGGUCAACGGUGGCACUGUGGAGACAGUUGUACAGGAACUGUUGACCUUGUUCGAUUCUGUGCCGGCGGAAUCACUCAUGGACGUUGUGCAAACAGCGUUUUUUGCAUUGGAGGCUCUGCAACAGGGUGAAACAGUAAAUAGCAUUGUCAACAAGAUAAGAGGGGUUCCUGAAGUUCAGUCACAACAGAUGGCACUACCUGCACAGCAACAGCAACAACAACAGUCUCAACGAGAAGCCCAGCCUCUGAGUCAACAGCAUCAGCAAUUAGAAUCCGGGGAGUAUCGACAACCGCAGCAGGUACCUUCUGCCUUCAGCGGAAUUGUUCCACUGGCGAAUCAAGACAAUCGAGAGGCCCCGCAAUUCACACUCACUGGAUUCCAACCACAAUUUGAUCAACAACGUGCUACUAGUAACACAGGAAGACCAAGAGGGGGUGCUCGUGGCGGAAGAGGUUCACUGCGUGGUGCAUCCCGCGGGAGCCAUCGGAACAAUAAUAAUUCGAGAUUCAAUCCGCUUGCUAAAGCACUCGGUAUGGAGAGCGAUCCUAAUAGUAACUCGAGUAACGUGCAUCAUAGAAAGGAGGGACGUUGUAAAGUUUUUCCUCGUUGCCCAUUAGGAAAGACGUGCCCACAUGCCCAUCCUACGAAAGUGUGUAAUGAUUAUCCAAAUUGCCCUAAGCCAGCCGGGACAUGUGAAUAUUUACAUCCAAAUCAAGACGAAGAUUUAAUGAGAGAAAUCGAACGAACAAGGGAUGAGUUUCAACAGAGAAAAGCGGCUAUAUUGGCAGCAAGAAGCAAACCUAUUAGAACAGGCAUUGUUCUUUGUAAAUUUGGUCAUUUAUGCACAAAUCCGAUGUGUCCAUUUGGCCAUCCAACACCUGCGAACGAAGACGCUAAAGUGAUUGAUUUGGUAUGGUGUCCAGAUAAUUUGAACUGUACAGAUCCCAAUUGUAAGCGUGCACAUUCUUCGAUCUCCAAGAUCAAGCAAGUUCAACCGAUGGGCAAAGCUAAAAACAUUGCUACUUCUGGUGAAUCAUAUUGUUCAAAACCGAUGGGCAAACCGAUUGAGAAAUCUCUAGAGCAAUGUAAAUUUGGUGCUCAUUGUACCAACAAACGUUGUAAAUAUAGACAUGCGCGUUCCCAUAUAAUGUGUCGAGAAGGUGCAAACUGCACCAGAAUAGAUUGUUUGUUUGGUCAUCCAAUCAAUGAAGAUUGUAAAUUUGGAGUAGCCUGUAGGAACGCGUACUGUCUUUUCAGACAUCCAGAAGGAAGAGUCCUGCCCGAAAAAAAAUACGAUGCUUCAUCAAAUGCAAAUUCAACCUCGACAAGUGAGAGGGUGUUUGCGAUGCCGGAAAGUGCAGCCAUCGAACCUGUUGCGGACCAAAAUCGGGGAGAACAACUAUUUGCAGCAACGAAUUCUCAACAGGUGGAUCAUGAUACUGACAUGGCAUAA